AGCGCUUAUAAGACAUGUAUAAAUCAGCAUUUCCUGAUUGUUGAAAAUGGUUUCUUUGCUAGACGUCUGAUAAUUCCUACAGCUAACUCUUCUGUGUCUCGAUCCUCACCAGGCCCAGUAACGUUUCUCAAGUGGCUAUACGCGUCUUUCCAAAAUGUCCAGUCCAACGGCAAACGAGGAGACUACCCUCCUUGAUACCUUCGACUCUCGCGAGAGCCACGAAAUCUACAAUAUCAAACCCCAUCCGAUCACCGGCCGCCUCAUAGAUUCCUAUCCAGUCACUCGUACAAAGCCCAUGCGCGUCCUAUGCCUCGGACAAUCAAGAACAGGCACCAUGGCCCUCUUCAUGGCCCUCAAGCAACUAGGCUAUACGCCAUACCAUAUGUCCACCCCCCUCGGAAGCCCCAAGACAAACCUAGGUCUCUGGCGUGAAGCUCUUGAUGCCAAGUUCUAUGGGAAGGGCAAGCUCUGGGGUCGUGAAGAGUUUGACAAGAUACUUGGGCCGUACGAUGCCGUGGCUGAUUUGCCGGCCAUCUGCUUCGUUGAAGAGCUCGUGGCCGCGUAUCCUGAAGUCAAAGUUAUCGUCACUCAGCGCGAUGUAGAUAGCUGGCUUCGAAGUAUGGACUCGACGGGAGGCCGAGUCCUCCGAUGGCCCCUAUGGAAUACUCUCGCAAGAUGGGAUACCGCACUAGCUGGCCCGUUCUGGGAGUUUUCAAAGAAGGUCAUGCCCGCCAACUUUCAUACCAUGACGGACUUCUCUGAUAAGUCACCAGCUCGCCAAGCCUUCCACGAUCACUACGAUCUCGUCAAAAGGAUGGUUCCGUCUGAAAGAAUGCUCGAGUUCAAAGUUCAAGAGGGAUGGGGUCCGCUUUGCAAGUUCUUAGACAAGGAGAUCCCUGGGGAAGAGUUCCCGAAGCUGAAUGAUUCAAAGCAGUUUGUUUUGGCACAUAGUUUGAUGUGGUGGAUUGCUUUUGCCAAGAUGGUUGGAAAAGCUUCGUUCAUGACUGCUGUCUCUGGAGUUAUUGCUUCGGUAUUUGCGAUAUGGAGGUUGAAAUAUGCUGUUAAGAUCGCUGCUAUGCUGAGGCCAAUCGCCGACUUGUCUUGAUUUACUGGGGCCUUUUUGAUAUUCGAAUAGUUGAAUACGGCUUUUUGUUACCGAAA